AUGAAGAAUCAAAUAUUAAUGGCUUCUUUCUUGAUAUGGACAAUAAUAUUUACAAUUUUUAUUGUAAUAAUAUCACAAACACAAAAAUAUAUAUAGGAUAAUCUGAAAUCAAUAUCAAAUGAAAUAUUUAUAAAGUAAACUUCUUAAUAGCUUGACAAUAUAUGGAUAUAUAAGAGAAGUAUGGAAAGAAUGUUUUAAUUUACUUAAAAUUAGUUAAAUUCAACAAGAAGAAUUUAUAAAUACUUUGAUCAUUUACUACAUCACUCUUCUUAAGAUUAAUUUUUUAAAAAGCCUCCAAUGUGCUUGAACAAUUAAUCUGAAAUUGAUUCUUAUUGCUUCUCAUCUGCAACUACAUGUGGAAUAUUUGGAGUUCCUUUAUAAGAUAAGUUGAAAUCAGAAGAAUUGAGUUUAAUAGCAACAACUUUUAUUCUUACUUCUUUUAGAAUUGCUUUGGAUCACACAAAUUCUGCUCCUUUAUAUUACUUUUUAGAUAAUGAUUCUUAAUUUUAUUGUAUUACAACAGGAAUUCCAUUUCCUAAAAAUUUUAUUCCUAAUUAAAGAUCUUAUUAUCUUGAAUUUAAAUAAAAAUUAAAAAAUGAUUCUUUAAGUGAUAAAGUUUAUUUUGCAAGUCCUUAUAAAGUUGUGGUAGGCAAAAUAAAAAUACCAAUGAUGAUUUCAUUAGUUGAUCAUUAUGAUAAAUUAGUUGGAAUUGUUGCUAAAGAUAUUGAUUUUGGAUAUGCAUCUGUAGCUUCAAAUAUUAAUUCAAAUACUACUAUAUAUGUAAUAGAUAAUGAUGGAAAAAUCUUUUAUUCACUUCUUUACAAUCAAGUGAAUUUAUCAGUAUAUUAUUUCAAUGAUUCAAAUAUCACUGGAUUUGAUACUUAUGAUUUUAUUUAAUUAAUGAACAAACAUUAUGGAUUACCCUUCUAAAAUAAUUGUUAGAAUUUAGAAAUUACAUAAAACUUAUGUAGAUAUAAUUAAAAACUUAAAGAUAAUCUAAUUAUAAAAUCAACACAAUUAGUCAAUUCUCCACUUAUACUAAUUGUUCUUAUUGAAACCAAUACAGUUUACUAAUAGAGUGAUGAUCAUUUUGAACUUUAAAAGAAAUUGCAAGAAAGAGCAGUCUUAGAGACUUUCUUAAUUAUUAUAUGCAUACCUAUAGGGAUCAUCUUAAUAUCAUAAUUAAUAAUUAAUUUAUUACUCAAAUAAUUGAAUUUAUUAAUCAAUUUAGUUAAAUAAAGAGUAUACUAGAAUAAAAAAGAAUAUUAUUUCUCCUUUCUUCAUAGAGAAAGUCUUUUCGAAUCAGAAUCUGUGUCUGCUUUGAUUAUUGCAGCAAAUAAGUUGUUUAAUUCCAUUAUUGGUUCUACCAAAACUUAUGAAUGUAAAGUUUAAGAAAAAAUUGAAUAUCCUUAAUAUCUAUAUCCUCAAAAAAAAAUCAAAAUUAAGUUAAAUUAAGCCCUUAAACUCCAUUUAGAUAAACUAAAAGAUAACAUUAAAUUUAAAGUAUUUGAUAUUAAAUAAAUCAUUCCUUAUCAAAAAAUUGUUUGA